AUGAAUGAAAUCGAGGCGAAUAAUAGUCGUGUAAAUUCAAAUACUUCGUUAAGUGCGUCGAAUCGUUCGAAUAAAAUUUUUUUAUUAUCAAAUGCUGAGAUGAAAUCGAAUGCUUCUAUUUAUCAACGUCAAAUUCAUCAUUCGAACUUUAAAUCAAUUGAGUCUGAAGAAGAAAGCGAUGAAUUAGUUGACAAAAACGUACGUGACGAUGAUCCGAUUGAUGAUGGAAUUGACGCAUUGACCAAUGUUCUUUCGAAUUCACUGAAAAAGAUUAAAAAUUUACUCGGUUUUUCUCCACCUUGUUUGAAUGGUGGAACGAAAACGUUAGAAGGCCGAUGUAUUUGCCGAAAAUAUUUCGAAGGAGAACUUUGCGAAAAAAUCAUUUGUGUCAAUAAUGGUACUGUUGUCUCCACGGGAAUUCCGAAUGAAUAUAACUGCAAAUGUCCUCAUCCAGAUUAUAUUUAUGGCCUGCAUUGUGAAUCGAUAAAAUGUAUGAAUGGUGGAAAACCACUAGAUAAUGGUCAUUGUAAAUGUUUGCACUACUGGUAUUCGGGACAGUUCUGCCAGAAUUACACGGCCUCUUGGAGUAUGGCUCUGGGUAUUCCAUUAAUUUGUGUAUUAGCUAUUGUGAUUUGUUGCAUUGUUUGUCGAUUAGAUCUUUGUCCUUCGAAACCGAGGCGUCAGAGAAGACGACAUCGAUUAUCUCACCAGACUCAAGUUCAGAGGCGGCAGCAUCAAUUAGGAGACCACCGUAGAGCAAGUCCCAGGAGAAUGGGGCAACAGAUAACGGAAAAUUUAAUAAAUGGUGAUAAUCGGGAUUUUACCAUUCAGGAUAAUUUAAAUCAUGGACCAUCUUAUGUAAUUCGUUUGGACACAAUACCUGUAUUCAAUCCUCAUAUGAUUAAUGGAGUUGAUUACGAUAUGAAGCCAAUAAAUCCACCACCUUCAUAUGAGCAAGCGAUUAUGUCGUGCCAACAGGAUGGUAUUCAAAUGGAUAUUCAUCAUCAAAAUUUCACUGAUAUAUCACCACCUGCUUAUACUCCUUGUGUUUCUCAAUCUCUUCAACUUCAGUUUAGGUCAUCGAAUAUUCCCGAUUAA